CAGGGCCUUGUUGUCUUCAAACGGUAACGGCAGGGGAAGGCGUUUCUGAGCACCAUGAUGUCCCUGGGUGUCAGUAAAGGAGGUUACAUCCCACCCACAGAUGAGGACCGCAGGAGAAUCAUUAAGCAGAUGAAGGUUCGUACCACCCUGAAAGGAGAUAAGAGCUGGAUCCACCACCAUAACUCAGACUCUGAGGAUGAGAAGAAGAGCAGCCCGACGUCUGGACGGGCCGGUGGAGGUUCCCCAGCCUCAAAACCUACUGCUCCCCAGAACGACAGGUCUCCUGUCUCCAAGCCUCAGCCCGGUUACCUCAUCAGAGGGGUGUUCACAAAAACCAUCGAUAAGACCCCUUCCACGCCAGACUCUUCCUCUUCUAAAGAAGCACAAAAAAGCCCUGCCACCAAGGGACACGGCCAGUCCCGUUCUUCCUCUGGCUACAGGAUGACCACCGAGGACUACAAGAAACUAGCUCCUUAUAACGUCAAGCAGAAAUCAGUGGACUUGGACGAGGAGGAGGUGCCUUUUACUCCAGAUGAACAUAAAAAGAGGACAGAGGCAGCCAACAGUGUCCUGAGACGCACUGCCAGCAGAGAACGUGCCUACGUCCUCUCAGCGGCCAAGAAGAGCAACGGCAGCCCAACACAAGAAUUUCCACCCUUGUUCGCCAAGAGAAUUGAGAUAGAAGAAGAGGAAGGACAGCAGAGGAGGAGUCCCACUGUGUCUGGUUCGUGCAGGAUUCCACCAGGUGACAACAGUACUAAUGGGCUAAGAAAAACCUCUACUGGGUCCUCCUGGGAUGAGGCAAAGAUGACAGGAGUGUCUCCCUCCAGCCCUGAAACAGGCAGUAAAAGCCAAACAACCGCAUCCUUGAGUGAAACUUCAGUGGGAUUCCCCUCUUCUGCUGAGAGCAGAAAUGGGGAGAGCAGACCGGCCGCUGACGGGACAUCCUCCUCUGAAAGCGUGUCCCGGCACGGGGACGGCGACAAACCUCUGAAGGAAAGGUCUGAGCCCUUCCCCUGGGAGGACCUGGCCCCCAGAGCGACCGCGGGGUCUGCGAGCGGAAGUUAUCCUGAAUGCACAGAAACCAACAACGGUUUUUACUCACCAAAGUCCAGCUCCAGCAGCAGGGACCGAGCUGCGGAUGCUACGGACAAGCUGCACCGUCGGUACGAGACCUCCCUCCUGGAUGGUGCCACGUCAGAACCCACAAGGUCUAAUGUGCAGUCUGAUGUCCCUUUGCCUCCUCCCGAGAGAGCCCCCGUGCGCCUGGAGGACACAGAAUAUUCCUUUAAAAGGUCUUCCCAAGAUUUCCAAGAGGGGAACACCCCUGGAGAAAGGGGGCAUGAGAGCACAAGGGCCUUGGAGGACUCUAAACCAGAGCUGGUCCAAGAGGGGUUUUUGGACUCAACUGACCAUACUGAGAAGGGACAAGAACCCCCAGACCACGAUGUCCACCCAGAGCCCCCCAGGUCAAAGGAAUAUACUGAACGUGAACCCAGCAUGACCAGGUCCACGCUACACUCCAAGGACAGCUCUAGUGGGAGCAUGGACAUGGACAAGGGGAUAUUGCCCUCUGUGCAAAGUGAAGAUAUCACCUCAGGAAGGUCCAGCUCUCUGCCCAGAGAAAGCAGCAUCCCUGCUCCAGACACCCAACGUGCACGUGAAGGUGACCUGUCCUGGGAAAGGAGCACUCCAGCUUAUGAAGGACAAACCUGCCCCACCACAGACGGUCACCAUGAGAGCCCAGGAGACUGGAGACACAAUGAGCCUAACCCAGUGGCAGCCAGGUCGAACUUCAGCUCAAGAGAGGGUGCUCUGGGUGCCUAUGAGAUGCAGCACCCCACGCCGCUGUACCCGGAGCGCCAGCCUUUGGGGCUGUCGGGGCCCAGCCACAGGAUCCCCUCCUACGUGGACAGCCAGGCCUUCGGCACCCGGAGACCUACCCCGGAUUACGAAGGGAGGGUUUAUGAGGGGAGAGGCAGCCCCAGGAGCAGCAGAUACGACAGUGCCAGUGCCAGGGGACACUGUGAAUUCAGCCCCGCAGCCGGACGCCACGACUCCCUUCCCAGAGAUCCCACCAUGUCCAUUUCCCAGAGAAGCCACAGGGUGCCAUUCUACAUGGACAGCUUAAACUAUAGCAGCACCAGGCUUCUCUCAAGUUCAAACGAGAGGCUCUGCAGCCCGAUGGCCACCUCUGGCUACCAGCCCGACGCCAGCGCUGCCGGAAAAGGGGUCCUCUUUGUGAAGGAGUACCUGAACAGCAGUGAGGUGUCGGCCUCCCCACGCUAUGGCAGUGGCAGCCUUGUGGAUUUGACUGAUUUGGAGAGAGCGACCUACGGCCACCACAGCUACCUGUCCAGCGCUCCCCUGCAGAGGCCCAGCGAACCUGUUUGCACUUACUGCAGCCGCGAGAUCCGAGACUGCCCCAAGAUCAUAAUAGAGCAUCUUAACAUCUGCUGCCACGAAUACUGCUUCAGGUGUGGAAUUUGCCACAAAGCGAUGGGAGAUCUUCUGGAUAAAAUAUUCAUCCACCGGGACAUUGUCCACUGCGACAAGUGCUACGAGAAACUCUUCUAGGGUUUCUCCACGCUGGAGGAGGCAGCCAGCGGAGCAUCCCCCGCAGCAGGGAUGGGAAUACACCCAGCGGCUCCCAACGGGCUGAGAUCCCGGAAUCCCUGCUCCCUCCUCUCCUCCACUUAUUUUUCCCUCUCGCUGCCUCAUCACCAUGAAGGAGUGUAACAUCCGCUGGUUUCCGCUGUCGGCUGCACGCAAGACAAGUGCCAACCUUAACGAGAUGAGGCAGCGUCAUCCACAAAAGAGAAGGGGGCUGAUUUCUCCCAAGGUGCUGAGCCCCCUCUGCCUGUCUGUAACUCCAUUAAGAUUCCAGAGUGCUCCCCGUGCUGGAAAUCAGGCAAAGCUCCUUAGGUUUAAGCUAAUUGCAAGAAACCUUUUCUGACUAUUUUUUUUUUUUUCCCCCCCUUUCAUUCCUGC